AUGUCAUUUAUGUGGAGUUCUGCUUUGGCCCUGAAGUCUGCUCAGCUUCCUGUGUUUCGACGGAUGCCUUUCAUAGCUGCCUGGAACGCACCGACAGAUCAUUGCUCCAUCCGAUAUAAUAUCACAAUCAGCUUAAGAAUGUUCCACGUGAUUGGAAGUCCAUUUGCCAAAGCAAGAGGACAGAAUGUGACCAUAUUUUAUGUCAACAGGCUGGGAUAUUAUCCCUGGUACACAUCACAAGAAAUCCCAAUCAACGGUGGCCUCCCUCAGAAUUUCAGCUUGCAAACGCACCUGGAGAAAGCUAAUCAAGAUAUUAACUACUAUAUUCCUGAUAAGGAUUUCACUGGGUUGGCAGUCAUAGACUGGGAACACUGGAGACCCCAGUGGGAGCGUAACUGGAACACCAAAAAUAUUUACAAGAGACAGUCGAGGAAACUAAUUUCCAAACUGCAAGAGAACAUUUCUGCAAAUGCUAUCGAACGUUUAGCUAAAUUUUCUUUCGAAAAAUGUGCUAAGGCUUUCAUGAAAGAAACAAUUGAACUGGGGAUUAAAAGCAGGCCCAAGGGCCUCUGGGGAUAUUACUUAUAUCCUGACUGCCACAAUUACAAUUUCCAUGAGCAGAACUAUACUGGCUCAUGUCCAGAAAAUGAACUCAUGAGGAAUAAUGAACUGUUGUGGUUGUGGAAUAGCAGUGCAGCAUUAUAUCCCUCCAUUGGCAUUAAGAAAUCCCUCGGAAGCAGUGAAAACACAUUACGCUUUUCACAGUUUAGAGUGAAAGAAUCCAUGAGGAUUUCCUUUAUGACCUCACAUGAUUAUUCUCUCCCAGUAUUUGUAUACACUCGACUAGACUAUAAAGAUCAGCCUUUGUUAUUUCUUUCUAUGCAAGAUCUUGUUAGCACAAUUGGUGAGAGUGCUGCCUUGGGAGCUGCAGGAAUUGUUAUUUGGGGAGACAUGAAUUUAACAUCAUCAGAGUCCAAUUGCACAAAGGUGAAGGAAUUCAUUGCUUCUAAAUUAAGUCCUUACAUCACCAAUGUAACCAAAGCUGCAGAGGUGUGCAGCCAGAAUCUGUGUCGGAAUAAUGGAAGGUGCAUACGAAGAAAUUGGAAAGCUUUGGAUUAUCUUCAUUUAAAUCCUCAGAAUUUUCAAAUCAAAGCUUCAAAGAAUGGAGUUACUGUGACAGGGGUAGCAUCUUCAACUGACCUUCAAACAAUGGCAGAGAAAUUCACUUGCCAUUGUUAUCAAGGAUUUGAAGGAGCUGAUUGUAGGAAAAUCAAGACUUUCGGCUGGCAACCAGGCUGUCAAAAGGAGCAGCAGUGA